AUGUUGGCUCUUUCCAAGGUUUUGCGGAGAACACAGAGACUCCAAUUUGGAGCUUGUUCUGCUGUUUAUUCACAACUGGAAGGAAGAAGCUUCUUCACUCUUGAAUCACCUUCGACUGUAUAUAAUGAUAAAUGUGAAGCUGCUCCAAGAUUCCAAGACAUCUCCUCUAUGAUGAUGAGUAAACGUGCACUCUCCUCAAACGCUGGCACUAAAAGUGAUCAAGAAGAUGACCUCGAAGACGGUUUCUCAGAACUCGAAAAUGCAAAGGAGACUAGUAGUAGCAGUAGUGAUGAUGAUAGUGAGGAUGAUGAGACAAAGCUCUCCGCUGAUGAAGAAGAAGAAGAACUAGACCUCAUUGAAACCGAUGAUGGUAUUAAAACAGUCCAAAAGAAACCAUCAGAGCUAUUCAACACCAUUGUUUCUGCAGCAGGUCUCUCUAUAGGCAGUGCACUUGACAAAUACGUUGAAGAAGGAAACGAGAUCAACCGAUUCGAGGUCUCUAAAGCGAUCCUCCAGCUUCGUAAACGUCGUAUGUAUGGAAGAGCUUUACAGAUGUCAGAAUGGUUGGAGGCAAAUAAGAAAAUGGAAAUGAAGGAUAGAGACUACGCUUCUCGGUUAGACCUCAUCGUGAAAACUCGCGGCUUAGAGAAAGGAGAAGCUUACAUGGACAAGAUCCCUAAGUCUUUCAGAGGAGAAGUCAUCUACCGAACCUUCCUAGCGAACUCUGUAGCUGCUUGCAACGUCAAGAAGUCUGAAGUUGUGUUCAACAGAAUGAAAGACUUGGGGCUUCCUCUCUCCGGAUUCACUUGUGACCAGAUGCUUCUCCUCUACAAGAGAGUCGACAAGAAGAAAAUCGCUGACGUGUUGCUCCUCAUGGAGAAAGAGAACGUCAAGCCGAGCCUCCUCACGUACAAGAUCUUGAUCGACGUGAAAGGCUCCUCCAACGACAUCAACGGGAUGGAGCAGAUCGUGGAGACGAUGAGAGAGGAAGGCGUUGAGCCUGACUUCUACACGCAAGCCAUCACUGCUAGGCACUACGUAGGCGCAGGGCUUAAGGAGAAAGCAGAGAAAGUCUUGAAAGAGAUGGAAGGUGGAAGCUUGGAGGCGAACAGAGGAGCGUUCAAAGAUUUGCUCUCACUCUACGCAACUCUCGGCAGAGAAGACGAAGUCACGAGGAUAUGGAAGAUCUGCGAAGCGAAGCCUCGCUUUGAGGAGUCUCUCGCUGCGAUCCACGCGUUCGGGAAGCUCAACAAGGUGAAAGAAGCAGAGGAGAUAUUCGAGAAGAUUGUGAAGAUGGACAGAAGACAAUCCUCCAACACUUACUCUGUUCUCCUGAGAGUGUACGUUGACCACAAGAUGCUCUCAAAGGGGAAAGCUUUGGUGAAGAGAAUGGACGAGAACGGUUGCAGGAUCGAGGCGACGACAUGGGACGCGCUCAUCAAGCUUUAUGUUGAAGCAGGGGAAGUCGAAAAGGCUGAGUCUUUGUUGAGAGAAGCGUCGAAACAGAGCCAUACGAAGCCGAUGAUGACGUCGUUCAUGUAUUUGAUGGACGAGUACUCGAGACGCGGAGAUGUUCAUAACGCUGAGAAGAUAUUUCAGAGGAUGAGGGAAGUUGGGUAUACGUCAAGGCUUAGGCAGUUUCAGGGGCUCUUGCAGGCUUACUUGAACGCUAAAGCGCCUGCUUAUGGGAUGAGAGAGCGGAUGAAGGCGGAUAAUAUCUUUCCGAAUAAGUCUAUGGCUGCUCUGCUUUCUCAAGGUGAUCCGUUUAAGAAGACUGCUAUCUCUGAGAUUCUUGAUUGA